AUGACAGAACAUGUAAUUCUGGUUCAUGGAGACCUAUUAACAAAGGAGCGUGUCGACAGCGUGCGGAACAGCCGAAAAAUCGAGCACACACCGAAAAAUCGUCUCCAGUACGUUGUAUUCCUCCCAGGACUCUUUCACUACAAGAUGGCGUGUGCGGAUGCAUUGUGGCGCACGUACAUUCAUCCAAAGGAAGGGCGCGAGGAUGAGAAUAGCCUCUAUCAGCACAUUGGGAUCCUUCGACCUGAUGAAACAGGAAAGAUGGUCAGUAAACCUGGAUUUCGGCGUGUCCACGAUGUUGUUCACCACGACAUCUGGGCAUCAAUGCUUGACUGCUGGCGUCUUGAAGCAGAGAGCCGAAAUACUGAAUGGUCGACAUUGGAAAGAUUCGCCACGUCAAAGCCAGUCUGGGAAGAUAUAAUCAAUAUGUCCCGUGUCAUCGUGAAAAAGUUCAUUGCGACGACCCAAGAUCUGGACGCAGCACGGGAACAGCCACCACUACAACGAGACAAGCGUUUCGAGAACCAGACCCUGCGUAAUCGUGACGAGCUCUUGUACGUUGACCUUUGUCAAGCCAUGAACACCGGAGAUAUCGGUUGUGUCGAAGCAUCGUUUCUCCCUUGGAUUCAUAUGUUCAAAGCUACUGGAAAGCAUAAAUAUGCGUCACAGAUGUCAAGGUUCCUGACGAACCUUCAAUUCAAUUAUCCAGCGGCUUUGAGUAAUAUAGUGCGGAUGAACUUACUAUGCAACCCAACCGGCAAGCCAUUUGCUUUUCGUGCAGUUGACUGGGUUGUCGAGCGCAACAAUUUGUAUACAAAGGUCAUAUUUCGUGGCGGCGGUCCAAACGGCACACUGGAUCACAUCAUCAAAGAAUCGCCUCUCAUUGAAGUAUACCGAAACUGCCACGUAACGAUGGAAAACGCAUUCCAUCUUCAGCACCGCACAAUCCGACACGCUGCACCUGACAUGACGAAGACAAUUCAGAAAUUGGCAGCGCGAAUCAAACAAAAAAACCCACAUACCAAGAAGGAAGGCCGAAGUGCGCUACAUUCGAUCCCAGAUCAAAUCGCUGUGGGUAUGGCACUGAUACAAGAGCAAAAGGUAGUCAGCGAAGAAGAUGCAGGGACGUUUGAACUAGAUGCAGAUGAUUUUAUUGACUGA